GCUGUGAGGCUCAACCUGAUGUGAACCUAUCGGCCAGAAAAUACGGCAUCAAGCUGUUUGUCCCAGAGCCUGAAGGAAUGUCAGAAAUAUGUCUACGAUUUGAUAUGGAAGAGCAGUACUGCAAGUGGAUGGCUGCCUGCAAGCUGGCAUCUAAGGGCAAGACCAUGGCCGACAGCUCCUACGAGGCUGAGGUCCAGGCUCUGCAGUCUUUCCUGGGAAUGCAGCAUCCAGUGGUCUCCCCUGGCUCCAACACAACUUCUUUCUCAACCACACCUAACCAGGCCGAUAUACAACCGGAGGAUUAUGUUGCUUCCAGGUUUUUCAAGAAAAUCAAGUCGAAAUCGCUGAUCCAGAGAAUCAUGGAGGCCCACUCUAGUGUACAGGAGAUGAACUUGAUGGAAGCCAAACUGGCAUACAUCAAGGCUUGGCAGUCAUUACCGGAGUAUGGCAUCACUUACUUCCGCAUCAAGAUGUCGAAUGGCAAGAAAGAGGAGCUGAUGGGUAUAGCUCAGAACCGCAUCAUCCGCAUGGAUCUAAACUCUGGGGACUCCCUGAAGACCUGGCGCUACAGCACCCUGCAGUCAUGGCAUGUCAACUGGGAAGUAGAGAACGUUAUUCUAGACUUUGAACAGGACAAAGUAACUUUCGCCUCUAUGGAGUGUUCAUGCAAGACCCUCCAUGAGUUCAUCGGAGGAUACAUCUUCUUGUCCAUGCGCUCUUCCGAAAAGAAUCAGUCGUUGAACGAGGAAAUGUUUCAUAAGCUUACUGGUGGAUGGCACGAGUAGACUGCGUGUUAUCAUCUUCGUCAUCACCGUCAUUGUCUUCUGUGGUCAGCUGUAUGCAGUGUCUGCCACCUAUAACCUCUCUUAUGUUGUAUUUCUUCAGUUGUUCGUUGUUUCUCUUUCUCUCGCAUGUCUUUUGUAGAUGUUUGUUCGCCUCUCCUCUUCCUCCUCUUUGAUCCCUUGUCUAGUCUGUAUUUCUGUCAGAUUUUGUCUAUCUUUGUUUGUCUCUCUUUGAGUUGUUUUACCCACCCUGUAUCUACGUGCUUCUUUUGAACUGUGCAGACUUUUGUCUUUCUAUCUUCAGCGUAUGACUGCCCUACUCUCUUGUCCCCUUACUUUUUCAGUUUUUUUCAACGUUUGCAAUGCAGGUGAAAGAUUUUGACUGUGGCGCUGUUAUGAGUGGCGUUAGUAAAAACGAGUUGGUGUGGACUGGGUGUUGAAGCAAAAUGUUCGUUGAUUUACUAUUUACAAUGGCUUGUAGUAUUCUAUAGUCUCCUAAAUGUCAAGACAUUUCAGCCAUAGUUGUCCUGUGUUUGUAGGAAUAGAAACAGGACUGUGUCUGUGAAGAUGCGAGAAAUGCCCUCUUUGUUAUCUUAAUUCAAGCAGAACUGGUAUGAUGCAAACUGAACUUUGUUUGACAUAAUUUGAGCUGAAGUUUAUAGUAAUGCAAAUAGCUUUGUUUGCAAUAAUACAAGUAGAAUUGUACUUGUAGUAAAUUGUAAUACAUGUACAAACUGUACUGCUUGUUAUAAGUUAUAAUGCAAACAGUACCGGUACUGCACUUGUACUUGUGCAAACAGAAAUGUGCUAGUACCAGCAGAAUUGGAUCUUUAGUAAUGCUACUCUGGUUCAAUUUGUUUACAGUGGUAAUAUAUGUAUAUUGUAUAUAUAUAUAAUUCUUAAAAACAAAAAUGUCCUUUGCAAUGAUGUGAUCUGCUGUUAUAGAUGUCACUUGGUGCAGACCACUGCCAUUUUGUUGUUUAGUUGUACAUUUGGUCUCGGUGACUGAUGGAAUCUUGUAUGUGUGUUUGUGUGUGUGUUUGUGUGUGUGUGUGUGUGCCUUGAGCGGUUCAUUACAUCUUUGACCACCAUUUCUACAUGAUCGUUAUGCUUCCCAUUUGUAUUUUUCUUUUUCAGUAUCAUCAUUUUAAUUUGCUCUUCGCACAUCUAUGGCCUUUCUAGGUGAUUUUUUACCACUUUGCUUCUCUUUGCCUGGAAUGUUUCUCAAUAUGGCAUAUUGGAUCAUGGCAUGCCAGACAGUAUUCCCCUUAAGGAGCCGUUUACUUUCUAAAUGAUUUUGAGUAGAAAUACAGAUCGUAAUGGCCCAUCUGAUGAAAGAAAGUGAAGGUGGAAUAGGCCAGGGACAGAGCAAAACCACAGCAGGUGAACGUGUAGGAAGGUGGUGAACUGCUCUCAGCUGCAAUUUUUUGGGAAGGAUUAAAGGAUUAAGCUGUUGCUCAUAUCUGCUUUACCGCAGGAAUCCAUAUUAGUUUAUAAGUCUUAUACACUCCCAUCAGCACAGUUUAGAUUGCUUGGGAGGUAGUCUGGUUUAACCCUAAUACUGUUCUGAGUUCACUUUACAAAGCUAAAAUUGUAAAAAGAUAUUUGCAUCAUGUGCUGGUAUUAUAGAUUAACUUAUGCUACUGUAAAGUGGUGUUUACAAUUGGGAUGGAAAAAUUCCUUGUAAGCAGUAGAAAAUGAACACUAUGUUCUUUCCCAGAAGUGUUUCUAAUCUGUAGUAAGUAUAAAGUUAAUUAUGAUGGUUCAUUUGAUGUCGUUGCUUUUUGAUUGAAGUACAUUCUUGCACUUUUAAAAUAUUUUCCACUUGCAAAUGAUUUCUAGGUCUGAGUUAGUUCCAGAGCAAAAGACAAUACUUUUUAAAGUCUGGAGAAGUAAGGAUUUAUUCCAUCCUGAUACUGAUUAUGCAAAUUAUGCCUUAUGAUUUAUCUUUUUACAUUCUUCAUUCUACCAGUGCUUUAUUUUUUUUUUCUUGUCUGCUUUUUCUCUUGUGUUUGUCCUCGUCUAUGUGAAAAAGCAAGCAAAACUGGUCUGGUUUUGGAACCAUAAUCUGAACUAAGCUGUUGACUUAAUUAUGUCAUGUUUCACUGUUUGCCUCUGUAAACCAAAAUAUUUAUUGAAAAACAAAUUUUUCUAAUAUCUUGUUUAUGUGGAACAGUUUUUGUUAUUAUGUUUGGAAAUGCUGUCCGUAUGAGGUCCUUUCUGAAGCUGCAAGUGAUUUCUACUCAAGAUUUAUGUGGCGCAGUUUGGUGGAAUGAAGGAAGGAAAAAUGUGAUCCAGAAGGAAAUUACAUUGAAAAUGUUCCAUGAAAAGAGCAUUAUAGAUUGAUAAGUUUUGUGUAAUGAAAACCCUUUUUGAAUAUUGAUAGCUUUAUGGAAUGGACCUGUAUGAGAAGAAUCCGCACUCCUGUAGGCAUACUUCAUUUUUCCUGAAGGUGAAUUAAAGAAUUUUAUCUGCUUUCCUUUGGUCCAAAGCCAUUUCAAAUGAGGGCUCUUUCCCCCUGACAUGGUCUGAUAUCACAAAAAAAUCCUCAGGAACUGUAUCCAUUCUUUGUCUUUGCCUUGGCUCCACAAUGCAUCUGUUCUUCAGAUGAUUAUAAUUAAGUUUGCUGUUUCCUACUGGUUUUGUUACUCUGCAACAUUGUAUUUCUACUCCGAGUGAAUGGUUUCUGAAAAUGCUCUCGCUGUGCUUUCUGUGAUAAACUCUUGUGGGUGUGCCUGAGAAGGUGUUCUUGAUGUUGAUAGUGAUGGAUCUUAGGGGGGAAAUGAGUAUUUCGAAAUGUAUUCAGAUAUGCCUACAUGGUGUACUUUCUGCGCAGGUUCGUAUUUUCUUGUGUAGGGAGAUUAUGAUGAACAUUUUGGUGUAUUUCAUCGUAGAACUUCAGAGAAUGAAACAGAUAUGACAUAUGUCCAAAGUUGAUGGAACAGUAUUUACCUCCAGGCCUGAUGAAAUUCCCUUUAUUUUGGCUAUUCAGCUUCUUCUCAGAUCUACGUCUACUUAUGUUUGGGUUCUCUUCAUAGGCAUGCCCACAUGUGUUCUGAAGAAAGAUAUUUGUGUUUGUUUUACUGAAAAUACCAUCUUACGGUGCAUCUGCCUUCAUAUCUUGGAGUGUAGUUGUAGGUGUAACUGUCAAUCUGGCAUGUGAUCUUUGAUUUUAAAUCCAAACUCACUACAGAUGCUUCUCCUAGCAGUGCUUGACUUUGAUUCCUUUUAUGUUUUUAGUGGAUGAGAAUUGAGAAAUGAGUCAAAAGUUGACUGUCAGUAAUCUAAAGCACAUCCAACUUAGUGACUCCAGUCCAUUAUGUGGUGCCAUUUGUUACUCUGAUCUUAUGUGUGCAAUUAAAUAAGAAAAAAGUCUGCUUGAAUAAAUAACAGCAGUAUAUUACAAAUAAGUGCUUAUUGCUUUCUUUUUUCCUCCAAAAAACUAAAGAAAGAAAGCGGGAGUGAGUCCUCAAAGUUUCCUCUGUGAGCAACUACGUCAGCAUCAUUUUCAGUGAUGGUAUUUGUGGAUGUUUGCGCAGUGCACACUUAUUGCUUGUCUUUGGCUUGGGUGAGUUUCGUGGCUAACUUUUGCCCUUGUGGUGAUGAGCCACUGGUUGAGAGUUUCAAGUGGUAAUUGUUAUGUUGAACUUGUAAGCAAUUGUCAUUUGCCUUCUCACUUGUUGACAAAUCUGUUAUCGACUGACUUUUUCUUUUGAUAUAAUUUAUCAUGUAAAUUAUGUUUCUCCCUUAAUCAAUGUAUUCAUGAGAUGGCCAGGGUUUUCAGCCUGUAGACUGUUUGUCAUUUUUCUUUGAGGACUUUUUGAGAGGAAUUUGUUGUGGAACAGGUUCAGAGAGGUUUUUUUCAGAAGGUUUGUUGAUUGAGCUUGUAUGGUAACCUUGAAAAAGAUUCAAACAAAAGAAGGAAUGUUUGAUUAUUGCACAAACUCCUUGCUUAUGGAAAGCUUUGUGUAUUUGGAGAAAAAAACCCCCAACAAAGUUUGUAUUGUUUUAAAUAUUUGAACCAACUAGUGUAUUUUGUGUUUUCUAAUUAUUUUUUUCUUUAGUUUUUAGGUUUUCAAAAAUAGAUAAACCGCUUGCCUCCAUCCUGACUCAAAUGAAUUUGACAAUAAAACUGCUAAAAAUGUCUCACUGUAGUGCAUUUUUAGGUCAGAUUUGCAGACUGCGAACCUCAUAAUAGAAGGUGCAGUUACGAGUUAUGAGGAAUGAGGAAAAUACCAGAAAGAUGAAAACGUCUUCGGAAAAGAAUCAAGGGGAAUGGCAUGGGCCCAGCCUGAAUGCCCUGGCUGUAUCUCUGCUCUGUUCAUGCAGCAUGAAAUUGUCUAUGUACACUAUCUAACAAUGGCUUGUCCAUUCAGCGAGCUAGCAAGGUCAUAAUGUGUACAUAGCUAUGUAUAUUUAAUCAAGUCUUUGUAAUCAAUGGAGUGUGUUCAAGAAGAUAUGAGAGGUUCUGCUGAAAAUUUUUAUGACUUCAUUUAAUGUCUUUUGCUGUUUGUAUUUUGAUUCUAGCACUAGGAAGUCUGUAAGUAAGUGUGUGCUCUCUUUUGAUUUUCUGUGUUGUUGUUUUUUUUAAAAGGACUUUGUAAUUAUUGCCAGUUGUUUUGUCAACUUGAGUCUUGUACCUGUAAUGUUCUGCCAAAUGGUCACAUCUAUGCGUGAGGAAGCACUGACCUAUUUUUACUGUGGCCUAAGCAUUUAUAAGAAACAAAAUCCUAAAUUGAAACUGGCUGCAGCUUUGACUGUUCACAAAGAGACAUCUGCUCACAGUGAAUUUCUGAUUUUGUUUACUAUAAACGACAGUCUUUUGCAUGUGUCGUAGUUUAGACAGCAGAGGUCUGCAUUUCAAGUGUGUGCAUGCGUUAGGUGUAGUCUGUGUUGAUCAUGGUCCCGAGUAGUUUCAAAUAUCAAUCCAAGAACUGGCAUAAUGUUUUUGUGCAGCAGGGCUCACAGCAUUUGUUGUGUAUAAUACGAUUAAUUGUCCCCUCUUCUGAAUGCAAGUGAAUGACAAACAGCAUUGGAUUGUGUUACUGUAAGUUUUUUUGCUGAACAAUUAUGUAUGUGUCAGAAAAUUGUUAUCAUCAUAGCACGACCCCGUCUCUCUUUAUAUAAUGUUAAUGGAGACAGGAGUUUUGGCCGUUACUUUGAGGGUAGACAAAAUCUGUAAAGCGGGAUCAUUGUUGCAAUGAUAACCCAGUUCCCUGAUAUUGAUGCCCAGAUUGAGUUAUUCUUUUUUGUAUUAUAAUUCCAGUUGGAAAAAUCUGUUCCUAUUGAACAACCCUUUUAUUGAUUUCUACAGUUAACUGUCAUGCUUGUGACUGAACUUAGCCUUCUUUAAUGAAUAAGAACGCAAGAAAGAAGCAACAAAGAGGUGGUGGUGUUAAUGAUGGGGGUUUCAGCCAUGGUGGGUUUUUUCACCCCCAUCCUCCAGUUUAACCAGAAAAAGAUGGCUGUUAAGAAGGGGUUUUGUAACAAUAAAUACAGCUGAAUGCCUCUUUGAAUCAUAGAAUUUAUAGUCAGGCUCCUGAAACAAGAACCUCACCAAAUGUUUUCCUCCUUUGUCUGUUUAAAGCGUAAAUGCUCCUUUGCUUGUGUCAUGCUCCUAAUGUGUACAUAACCACAUUGUUGGGGGGUGAGUGAUGGGAGUGUAAUAUUCACUGUGUGACGAGGUACGAAAGUGUGUAGCCCCAUCCCCCUAUGACCUGUGUUGAGGUAAAUGACACGAGUGUGUACAUGUAUAGCACGCCCUCCCCCCCCCCGACCCGUCGUGUACUCUCUCACACAUCUCUUGAUGCUGGUUUCGGCCACCAGGAGCCACGUUUCUGAUGGUGCUGAUGUGUAUCAUACCUAUGUUGCCCACUGUCAAAGCUACUAGCCUUCUCUCUGUUGUGUUGUAAUAAGUAUUGAAAGCCUCCUUCUCCCUUCCCCAUCCUUCAUUCAUACCCUCGCUUCAAAAAACAAUUUCCCUUUUUAAUUUUUUCUCGAAUUGUUUGUUUGUUUGUUUGUUUGUUUUGUUUGUUGUUUUUUUAAAUUUUAACUUCUUUAGUGUUUUUGGAUUCUGAGUAUUUGGUUAGUACUCAUAUUUUCGCUUUUUUUUGGUGUUGAUCUUGGUGUUGAAAUCUUUUCUUAUUCUGUUAGUAAAUUUGGAUUGUGUUCCCUGAGGGAAGGUUAGUAUCUGUGGCAGGAAGCAGGAUAUAUAAAUAUAUCUUUAUUAUCAUUAUAUAUUGUUUUUGCUCUGGCCGAGUUUAUAAACUGUUUGCAUAUGUGUGUGCAUGUGUGUGUGUGUGCAUGUGCGUGUGUGUGUGUGUGUGUGUGUGUGUGUGUGUGUGUGUGUGUGUAUGUGUGUAUGAAUGUGUGUUUGUGCGAGAGAAAGAGUGAGGGGAGGGGGGAAUGAAAAUGUACUUCAAGUUAUUUUAUAUGACAUGUAUUAAAGGCUUUAGCUGUUUGGAUAUGCAACGUUUCUGAAUGUGUUAUUUUGCAAUGUGUAAGAUUUAUACUUGUGGGUUUUGUGUUUUAUGAGUUUGCCUUGUCGUUCUAAUGUCUGUUGUUGUUUUUUUUUUUGUGUUUUUUAAAAUCUAUAUUCUCUUUUAGUUCAGAGAUGUGCGUUGAAGCAUUGGAAUGUGUUUACCCCAAGUGUUUACGAUAAUAUACAAUACAUGUAUAAUUCAUCACAGUGGUGAUCAUAAAACCAACUGCAUACAUUUUGUAAUGAGAGCUGCUGUAGCAAGGGCUAGGUUCUUGCAGCGUCCGUCAUGACAUACUUGUACACUAAAUCACUGGUCAUCAGCCCAUUCUCAAAUAUUUUCCUUAACCGCCCGCCGCCCACCCACCCCUUUAGGCGGCUCCUGUUUCUUUCAUAUUUAAAAAAAAAAUACUGCAUGGUGGUCAAGUCUGAUCAUCUGUAUUUUUAAAGUAACGACUUUAAUGUACAUCGCUCUCUAUUCUGCUUUAUGGUAAGGCUUUAUGUGGAAACAAGUGUUGACAUAAUACGAUGUUUCGGGUUUUAUCCGGAGACUUUCAAUUUUAGCAAGCCGUGAUUGAUGCCAUCUCACUAAGACAUGCAGAGUAUUCUUACAAAGCACCUGCACAAAUCAACAGGCUCUCUUUUCUUUCUGCAUCUUUUAAUUCAAGAAAUUUCCCCCCCUAUUUAAUGUAGGCUGCAUUUCUGUAAAUUUUCCAAUACUGGUGGCAUUAUUCAACCCUCCUGAAUUUCCUCUUAUGUGGAGUAGAAUGAUAGAAGAGGUUGAAAGAAUGACACAGGUUUGACUGUGUGCAUUGUCUAGACCUUUGAGUUGUUUUACUCAGAAUGUUCUUUGCACAGAAAUGCUAUAAUUAAAGUAGAGAACUGAAAGUGAGCAUGAUUUUUUACUAGUUGGGCAUAUUCAGCUAAUUUUAUUUCUUUAAUGGCAAAGAAAGUAGCGUGAAUGAUACCUGCUUAUAUGCAUGAUUCCUGUUCAUGUAUAAUAAAGACAAGUGAAUGUUUGGGUCUGUGUGUAUGUGCGACUGUUGUCCAUGGAACUCUGUAAGAGGUAAAAGCAUUUGUAAGCCACAAUUACGCAGGCCUGCCCAUGAAUUAGUGAUACAAUUAUGCUUUUUACAUAGAAAAAUAAAACUUUUUACAACUCUGA